CUUCACAUGGCAUGCCAAAUCGAACAGCCAUUCAAAUCUUCCUUUGCAAUGCGUGACAGUCCUUUGAUGAUCAGGGACAUUAUCCAAUCUCGCUUGCAAAGUCCAGAGUCUGCAUUUUUGUCGGCUUGUCGUGAUGAAUCAAGUCCAGAUGAGGCGAUUCAUCUCAUUGCUGCUAUGCAAUUAUCUGGAUUUUACAGUGUGAUAGGAUACUUGCAGUCUGACGACGAGGAU